GCGGUCAGAUACAUUUUGCAAACGCCGGUAUGAGUAUACCCUAAUUGGUUGGUUCUCAGAUCGCCGCCAUCUCGCAUCGGCGCCACCGAUGGUGAAAUUGCAGCGGAGAAACUGACAGCAGAAGUUUAAGGAGAUCAGGAUUGGGAGAGAGCAAUGAUGCUGGAGAUGGAGUGACCUGCAUUUACAGAAAAAAAAAAAGGAAAAAAAAAAAAAAAAAAGAGAAGAAAAAAAGAAAGAAAAUGCCGUUUUCAGCAGUGGCAGGGGUGAGGGUUGGGAUCGGGAUUGGUGGAGGAGGCCGUUGUUGUUGUUGUCGCACAAUGAUGUUCCGUACGGCAGCAAAUCCGACGGCAGCUGUCGCACAGUGUUUAGCAGGCCGGGGCCGAAAGGUGACCCUGGCGGCUCUCCUCCUCGGCCGUGGAUCCCCCCUGUCUUCUGCUGGCUAUGGCGGCGGUCUGGGCUCCUGGGCCAUCGAGGGUGACGCUGCUCAGUCACUCUGGCCCUGGUCGCUUGCAAAGAGAAGACCUCCUCCUCUGACGUGGGACGAGUCUCCCAGUCAACGUCUGGCGUGGCACAUACCUGCCGGUCAAUGCUCUUCGUGGAACCAGUCCUCCGGUCAACGGUCGACUGGGAAUGAUUCUGUCGGUCAACAUUCGAGGCGAAAUGCGUCUACCAGUCAACGUCCCAUGCGAAAAGAGUUUGCCGGUCAACGCCCGAUGCCAAGCGAGUGUGCUGGUCAACGUCCGAUGUGGAACCAGUCUUCCGGUCGGACUGAUUCACCCGGUCAACGUCUGAGGCGAAAUGAGUCUGCCGGUCAACGUCCGAUGCGAAAAGAGUCUGCAGGUCAACGUCCGAUGCGAAAAGAGUCUGCAGGUCAACUUCCGAUGCCAAUCGAGUGUGCCAGUCAACGUCCGACGUGGAACCAGUCCUCCAGUCGGAAUGAUUUUGCCGGUCAACGUCCGAGGCGAAACGAGUCUGCCGGUCAACGUCCGAGGCGAAAAGAGUCUGCCGGUCAACGUUCGAUGCCAAGCGAGUGUGCUGGUCAACGUCCAAUGUGGAAUCAGUCUUCCGGUCAACGUCUGAUGUUGAACGAUUGUGCCGGUCAGCGCCUUGAUGGAUUGUUCCCGGGGAAUGUUUGGCCUACAAGUGUUGCUGCGGGCAAAUGGGCUGCAGAGAAGGAGAUGAGCGGAGCGUCCGGAGGGAGGAGGAGGAGGAGCUCGGCGACGGAGAGUGCUCAUGCAGGGAUGACGUGGAAGAGGACAGAGGAGUUUGAGAGGGUGGAUCGGGAGGGAAGGGAAGAAGGCAAGAGAGAGGAGAUGAAAAAGAGUUACUCUGUUGAAGAUGAGAUGGUGGUUGAAAACAACCCUCCUGCAGCUGCUACUGCUGGUGCUGGUGCUUUGAUUGGAGAUGUACUUGAUAGAUCGCACUUUGACAGGAAGGUUGAUGUUGUUGCUCUUCUGGUGGGGAUAGAGAUGUGCGGAAAUCUUGUCAGGCGACUGUCAGGGCAUCUACUUAACUUGCCACGUGUCAAGAACGUGGUUCACGUUCCUCCUCCUGAUGAUGAUGAUGAUGAUGAUGAUGAUGAUGAGGAGGAUAUGGAUAUGGGGGAAAGGCGAAAUACCGCGAGGGAGAAGAUAGGAGAGGAGGACAACCUGGUGCAAGAUUUGAGUUGGGAUCUCGGCGAGGACCCUGGCGAGGGCGAGGACCUCCGUCAGUCGGUUAUAGCUGCCGUUUACGGGCAGGGCGGGCGGUUGCGGAAGAAACCACAUGUGCUUAAAGGCAAACAGGAGAAAAGACGAUCACAACGAGGUGUUGGAGGAAACAUCUUGGCCGCCGAGAACAACAACAUCAAUGGACGAUCUGAUGCUGGUCAGCCUUUGAGUUGGCCGAUGGGAAGUGAGAGGCCCAGGGCUGUUCAAGUGCAAGUGGUUAAGGGUGAAAGACAGAGGCUUCGCAGGGCCAGAGGUGGUUUGGAAGCAUCCUCCCGGCUUCUGCUGCUCGAUUCCAGAUAUGCAGCGGCGAGGACCUUAAGCGAGCUUCCUGAACCACUCAAGGUUUUGAUAGAGUCAUCAUUGACAAACGUGGAAAUAAACGAUAGGCUUCCAGAAACGUUGGGCAAUGGUCAAUUCAAAUCAUCUCAGGAGGAGUUUUCAGGUGCCUCUCUGCAUGCGGUACUACAGCAGUCAGAAAAUACGGCCUUCGUUGAGCUCGUUCGGUGCAAAUUGAUACUCGGAUAUGAUUACUGGAGUGCAGAAGAGGUACUCAAGGAGAUGUUACCAGAUGGGUGUUUGAUACCUACUUCAUUUGAAACAAUUGGGCACAUUGCACACAUGAAUUUGAGGGAGGAGCAUCUUCCAUACAAGAGAGCGAUUGGUCAGGUGAUGCUGGAUAAGAAUUGGCCACGUAUCAGAUCUGUGGUUAACAAGUUGAAUGCGAUCGACAGCGCUUACCGAACGAUGGAGUUGGAACUCCUUGCAGGAGAUCAGGACAUGCAGACUGUACUCAUCGAACAUGGAUUAUCAUUCCAUGUUGAUUUUGCGAGUGUGUACUGGAAUUCAAGGCUGGCGACCGAAAGGCAGAGGUUGAUAAGGAAAUUCGGAAAGCGUGACAUUAUCUGCGAUGUUUUCAGUGGUGUUGGUCCUCUGGCUAUCGCGGCAGCGAAAAAAUGCCUCUUUGUGGCAGCAAAUGAUCUGAAUCCUACGGCUGUGAACCUGCUUCGGAAGAACGCUGCGCUAAAUGGUGUUGCAGGCAAAAUGUCGAUCUACCAGAUGGACGGUUGGGAUUUCAUCAGAGAAGUCCUGAAGGGCUCAUCGGCUGUCUUCAUGACCCAUGUGGUGAUGAACCUUCCCGGCGAUGCUAUCGAGUUCCUUGAUGCGUUCAAGCAUGCAUUUGACAGAGAGGCGUGGGGAAGGAAUCGUCAGUUGCCGAUGGUGCAUGUUUAUGGAUUCACCAAGUCUGCAGAUCCAGAAAAAGAGAUAAAAGAGAGAAUAGAGGCUUCUCUUGGUGCGGGUCCAGAGGAUAUCGAGUUCUAUCGCGUGCGACUAGUUGCUCCUGGGAAAUUCAUGCUGUGUGCAUCAUUCAGGCUACCUAACAGUGUCGCCUUUCGGAAUUGAUUGACUAGUAAUCACUACAUCAACUGGAGGAUCGUAGUCCACAUCAUCAUCAUCAUCAUCAUCAUCAGCAGCAGCAGCAGCAACAACAGGAGCAGUGCAGCUGCAUUCUUGAAAGGCUGUCUGGGAUCCAUGCACGAUUCCCAUGUUCUGUGGUUGUCCCCGUUGUUUAUGAGGCAGAGAACGGGCCGGGUGUGUUCCAUAGUGGAACUGCAGGGCUUUGAGACGAGACAGUCAUCAAGCGGUAUGUCCUGGGUAGCGCGGGACACCCAUCGUUGCCAUGGAUUAUUAAGCCUGUGGGGGGCCAAACGAGAUCGGCAAGGGAAGUAACAUCCGAUGACUGCCACAGAAUGGCAAGGAGUUGGAUGUGUUCCAUAGUGGAACUGCAGGGCUUCGAGACAGGACAGUUAUCGAGCGGUGUGUCCUGGGCGGCGCGGGCAAUGGAUUAAGCCCGUGGUGGGCCGAAAGAGGUCAGCAAGGGAGGUAACAUUGGAUGGCUGCCAUACAACGGCAAGGAGUUGUAUAAAGUGCAUGAUUGGAAAAUUGAAGGCUGUGUGGAGAAACUUCAUCCACCAACAAAUAGGGAACAUGAAGACGUUCUGCAAGGAGUUCAUGGCCAUCUGCAUCGUGCACAACAUUCUCAUGGAAUCGGAGUUCGGUAUUGAUGAGUUGCCGUCACUGUUUCACAUGGUGACAGCCAGCGCAGUAAACGUCACCAGCAUGC